AUGCCCCUGAAGCAGAAUGGGGUUAAGCACCUCAUUGAUCAGCACCAUGUUAGUGUUAUGGCUAUUUUAAAGAGUAAGCUUAAUCCAUCCAAGCUGCUUAAGGUUAUGAGCCGUAAAUUCCCAGGUUGGGAAGAGGUCAAUAAUUUUCAUGUCCACUCUGCUGGGUGUAUCGUGGUACUUUGGGACCCAUCAAAGAUCACCUUGGAGCCAUUGGGGAUCUCUCCCCAAGUUAUUCACAGCCGCAUAUGUUGUAAGAUUUUAGGUUGCUCUUUCCAUGCUAGUUUUGUGUAUGCUUUCAAUUUUGUGUUAGGCAUGCGCCCCUUUUGGCAGAAUCUCAUGGACUUUGGUAAUAGUUGUUCCGGCCCAUGGACGGUCAUGGGGGACUUUAAUUGUGUGCUCCAUGCUGAGGAGAAGAUCAAUGGGGCGGAUAUCACCCCAUAUGAGACCAAAGGCCUCUCGGAUUGCUGCAUGUCUAUGGGGCUCUCGAAUUUGGCUUCUAUAGCGUUAUUCCAGAAAAAGCCUUUUCGAUUCUUUAAUAUGUGGGCAGAUCAUAGGGACUUUCUCAGUAUUGUAAGCUUUGUUUUCCAUCAGCAUGUUUCUGACACUAAGCAAUUCAGCCUUUGCAAAAAGCUUAAGCAUCUCAAGGGUCCCCUCAGGAGCUUCAAUUCUAAGAACUUCAGCCAUAUCUCUUCCCAAGUGGCUAAUGUUGAUAAAGAGCUAGAAGAGGCCCAGCUUUCCCUUAAUGCUCAUCCGUGCACCAAGUUUUUCCAUGCAAUUGUUAAGCGCAAUUCCAAGCGAAAUUUUAUUGCUGCCAUUUCUCGAGCUGAUGGGUCACUUACUACUUCCUUGGAUGAGGUGGCUGGUGAAUUUAUUCGAUUUUAUGAAGGCUUGCUGGGCUCCUCCAAGCCUUGCAAGGCCAUCGACCCUCAGAAUGCUUCUCGUGAGGAGAUUAAGGCUGCUCUGUUUAGUAUCGGUGAUGAGAAGGCUCCGGGGCCUGAUGGUUUUACUUCCUGUUUCUUCAAGAAAGCUUGGCCUAUUGUUGGCGAGCAAUUCACGGAGGCUAUCCAUGAAUUCUUCUCCUCGGGGUCUCUCCUCAAGCAGAUUAACUAUUCAGCCAUCGUUCUUGUUCCAAAAUCCAAGCAUGCCAGUUCAGGCCCAUUGCAUGUUGUUCCGUGGCUUACAAGGGGAGAUGAUGUCUCAGUCAGGAUCCUUAUGGACUACCUUCGCAACAUUGAAGCUUGCUCGGGACUGUCUGCUAAUGGUCUCAAGUCUAUUUUCCCUGUCGGUAUCAAUGAUAAUGAUUUGAAUGAUAUUCUUACUGCCACCAGCUUCUCUAAAGGUGAGCUUCCCUUUCAGCAUUUGGGCAUUCCCCUCGUUGCGGAGAAGCUUAAGGCAGAUUUGAGCUCAUUAGAGCUAUUCUUCAGGGAGUUGAAUGCUUCUGGCUUUCUAUCUUGCUUGCGCCUGCUGCUGUUUUAG